AUGACAGUUGGGCGCUGGAAGCACUGGGGUGCAGCACUCGGACAACAUUGGGGUACAGUGCAGGAGCAUCUCCGACGCACCGGCUCAGUGCUUGAGCGUACUGAUACCAACCAUACUUUCAGGAGGGACAGCAGUGAUGCGUCAGCUCGAAGAGCCAGUGUUGAUGUUUCAUCCGGGAGACGAAAAAGCAGCGCUAUUUGGGACAGACCACCAGUGCAGAUCAUCGAACCAGCUGAGAUGAACCUCAGUGAAUCUGAAGACGAGGCUGAAGUGACUGCUCCAGCGCUGGCCAGAGAGCUAUCACCAGAAGAACACGAGCUGGUUGUAGCAAGAAAGGCUAUGCGAAAGUGGUGGAGAUUGGCUGGCCUGAACAAACGACAUGCGAUGGGUUAUGAAGCAGGCGAGGAACUGGGAGUUGGUUGGACGAGAGGCAUCUGCCCACAACUGGAGGGACGCAUCAAGAUGGUGUUGCGUGUGGCUUGA